CAGUUCCCAAAUCAUUGUUGCGAAACUUUGUCUUAAAGUAGUCACUAUUAUAUCUAUGAUCUCGUUAAUUUCACCUUUUCUUAUGUUAUUAGAACAACCAUUUAAGCUUGUUCUCUUUCCUUGACAAUGACCAACAAGGAGUACAAUAAGAGAUCAAUUUGUGAGACAUCAAUGUUGGUGGUUGCAAACAUCAUAAGAUUAUCGUCUCUCAGAUUUUCUGGCCAAAGCGAAGGAACCCAUGUGGUGGCCAAAGGCAACAAAUCUUCAAUUUCGAAAAUUUACAAGAGCGAAAGAACACAAGAGAUGGACAGAACAAAAGGACCACGUUCCUACCUCAUCAAACCACCAAAGGAGGAUCCAACAACCUAUGUGAAUCGAGCAUUCGAAGAUGUUGACAUCAACGCUCAGAACUACAUCAACCACGUUCGUUGCAAGAUUAGGGACACCGCUAAUAUUCAACAUUGAAACAGUGCUAAUAGUAUAGUCAAGAAAGUUUUACUAUUUUA